GAUUUUUAGAAGAUAAAACAUAAAUUUUCUUGUUAUUUUGAAAACUCUUCAUUAGCUAUUUCUAUGUAACAUUUCAAUCAGAUGCAAAACUCAUACACAGAUGCAAGAGACGCAUAGCGAUCAAGUAGCGAUUAUGUAAUCGGUAGGAACUAUCUUAAUGCUGAAAUCAUCGUCAACCUUGGAGCAAAUUUUUUUAUCAAAUUAGAUUAUUAAUAAUUGAUUUCUGAAAUGAAUCCAAAAAUAAUUGUUGUUAACCGUACUACAUGCGCAGUUACUGAUAUAACACAUCGUUAAUAUUACCGAGCGUUUCUCCCACUCUAGUGCCACUUCUGUCACAAUAAGAUUCGCUGUACGUAUACGUACUUAUAACGUUCUGUGCCGUGCCUGACGAAGCAUCUCUGUUGAGUCUAUUACACUGUGAUAUCGCAAGAUGGAUUGGUCGUGGUUUUCGACGCCUUUUGGGCUAUUACUGACCACUCUGAUCGUCAUCGUGGCCUCGAAAGUUAUCGCCAUGGUGUAUCGUAUGCAUUUCUACUGGAAAGGUAAGGGCAUACCUUACAUGUCAAAUUCGUUAUCGUCCAUCAUCAUGAGCUGGAAAAUGUUGACUGGUCGCUUGCAUUUCACCGAAUGGUGCGAUUAUUUAUACAAUUACCUCCCGAAUGCCAAGUACUUUGGAACAACGGAUUUUCUUACGCCUGUCAUACUUCUGCGCGACCCUGAGUUGAUCAAAGACACCAUGGUGAAGGACUUCGAGCACUUUCAAGAUCAUCGCGCGUUCGUUGAUGAGAAUCUGGAACCACUGCUUGGCAAAACCAUAUUCUUCAUGCACGGAGAUCGCUGGAAAGAAAUGCGGAAUGUACUGAGCCCUUCCUUUACCGCCAGCAAGAUGAAACAUAUGUUCGACUUGAUAUCGGAAUGCGCCCAUGAUUUCGCUAACUAUUUCGUCGAGCACCCGGAGCUCUGUUCCGAGGUCGAAUUGAAAGGGACUUUCAGGCGUUACACCAACGACGUGAUCGCCACAGCGGCCUUUGGUCUGAAGGUGAAUUCUAUGAAAGAGCAGGACAACGAGUUCUACAUGAGAGGAAUCGAGGCUGCCAACUUCUCGAAUGGAUUUCUCAUGAUUCUCAAGUUCAUACUUCUACGUUCGUUUCCGAGGUUCUCGAAAAUGAUCGGCCUGACAUUCUUCUCAAAGGAGACGUCCACAUUUUUUAGGAAGAUCGUAGCGGAUACCAUUAAAAUGCGAGAGGAAAAAGGUAUUGUCAGACCGGAUAUGAUUCAAUUGCUAAUGCAGGCUCGGGAGAAGGAAGGUACGAAUGUGCAGAUGACAUUGGACGGCAUCGUUUCGCAAGCCUUCAUCUUUUUCUUGGCUGGCUUUGACACGUCCUCGACGCUGAUGUGCUUCGUUGCGCACGAAUUGGCGGUACAUCAGGAUAUACAAGAUCGUCUACGCGAGGAGAUAAAGCAACAUCUCGCCGAAGGAAACGGCAAGAUAUCUUACGACUCGCUGUCGAAGAUGUCUUACAUGGACAUGGUAGUUUCCGAGGCUCUCAGAAAAUACUCUCCAGCCGUCUUUCUCGAUAGAGUUUGCACCAAGAAAUAUGAACUGCCUCCUGCACAACCAGGCUGUAAGAGUCUAACUAUUGAACCUGGUACCAUACUGUUAUACCCUGGUUACUCUCUACAACGUGAUCCAAAUUAUUUCCCGAAUCCGGAAAAGUUCGAUCCUGAAAGGUUCAGCGAUGAGAACAAAGACAAGAUUGUACCGUACUCUUAUCUGCCAUUCGGUUUGGGGCCUAGAAUGUGUAUUGGCAAUCGAUUCGCCCUUAUGGAGACAAAGAUUCUGCUAGCUCAUCUUUUACAAAAGUUUACUCUAAAGACUACGCCUAAGACGAUUGAACCAAUCGUAUUUAAUAAAAAGGAAUUUGCGUUGCAACCUGUCGGCGGAUUCUGGAUUCGUUUAGAAAAGAGAGAAACGUAAAAUUUUGUAUUACAUUCCGAAACAUGUUAUUUAUUAUAAGUAUAUGUUUGGAAAAAUAUCGCUUUAUUCUUAGCUUUCAAAAUAUUUGAUGUAUACAUCACUUUUGAAAAUAAUUGUGAUAAGAUUUAUUUGCAAUAUGUUAUGUCAUCGUAUAAGAUAAAGUAUAAUCAAAGUACUUGUUAAUAACGGAAAGAAAAAUUAAAUACCAAAUUAAUUUAUGGUAAACAUUUUGACUUGUAUAAAUUCUCGAGUCCGCUAACGCUAAUCAUUUUAAAUGACUUUUAUAACUGUAUCUAUUCUAUUUAUCAAGCAGCUUAGUAGAAACGACAUCAUUAGAUAGAGUUUAUAUAAUGCUUUAUAUAAAAGAAUGUCUUUUUUAGCGCGCAAACAUGUUUUAUAUUUUUUUAUUUUAAAGAUAAAUAUCUUUUUUGUAUCAGAUCAGAUUAUAUUAUUUGAAAUUUCGUAAAAUUGUGUGUUUUAAAUAAUAUUACAUAUUUAAGUAAAUAUAACAACAUGAUAACAGUUGAUGCAAUUCGCUAUUGCAUAUUACAUAUGUGCAUUUAUAACAUUUUUAUUGUUUUAGUUAAUCAAAGUAUUAAUAAUUUUUUUAAAUGCAUUCAAAUACUUGCAUAAAUAUAUCAAUUGUACAAAUGUUUAAUACGGACAUCAAAACAAUUAUGGCAUCAUAUUGAAUCUAUAUCAGUAUAGCUGUCAUUCGUUCAUAGCGAGAGCCUAAUAGCCAUUUAGCAGCACGACUGCCCAACCGACAAAAUUCUUAGUAUUUUGUAAAGAACAACAACGAUAAUAAAUUUGAAUAACAUAAAUUGGAAAAAAAUGCACGCAUAUAUUUCACAUUUCAGUACUUCUGCAUUAUCAUAAUAUCAUUGUACUCAGAAAUAUGUAGAUUCUCCGCUAAUAUCGGCAUCUUUCGAUAACUUAUUUAAAAAAAAAGUAGUUUCAGAAAAUUGUUCUUAUUUUAUGUAAAAGAUACAUCUCGGUCAGGAAAGAAUGUUUUAUUGAUAAAAUAUAUUUAGUACGAGACUUUAUACACAAUGCCUUUAAAUAAAAUAAAAUUGUAAACAAU